AUGGAAGAUCGCACGGACAACGCGAUGCCAAUCUCUUCGCCGAUGGUAUCAUGGCAUUCUAGCUCAUUGCCGCCUCAUGGGCACCGUUCUAUCCCUGAUUUCGGAACAACCCAAUCCUCUAGUAAUAGCAAUCUGGUGAAUGAUAUUUCUAAUGAGAUUCCUCAUGUCCCAGUACUAGACGAGAUCACAGAGGACACUCAAGCCGCCAAACUAUGCCCUGCUGAAAAGGUCGACAAAUCACGAGCGCCUCCGCAGUUUCUCAUUCCAGAAUCUUGGAAACCAGCUUACCUAGCAAAACGACGAUUAGUCAUGUUCCCCAUCAUUUUCUUGGUCUUUGUUAUCACAAUACAGAUCCUCAUACAAAUAUCCCAAUCAAACGAUGGCUUGGCAAAAUCUACCAGAAACUUGCACUAUCUUUGGACGUUUGGACCGAUGGCCGUGUUGAUAUUACUCGCGGCAGCCUGGGGACGCGUGGAGUUCCAAGCCAAAUCCGUUGCGCCAUGGGCUCACCUGAUGGAAGGAGGGCAAGCUGACAAGACCCUAUUCUUAGACUAUUUGUCCAUGCUUCAGCCAAUCGCGGUCGUGAGAGCUGUCAAGUUUCGAGACUGGGUCGUCGCGUCUGCAACGCUGUGUAGUCUGAUUCUACGGGUCGCUGUUGUUUUUUCAACUGCGUUGAUUGUUCUCUUGCCAACCGAGAUCCUUGAUGCCAAUGUCCCAGUUGCUCUGCGUUCCAGUUUCGUAGACAAUGCUACCGAGCUUGGAGACCUUGCUACCAGGAUAGGGACACUGCCUUAUUAUAGUAUGCGGGGUCUAUCUACAAAGAAUAUGGCGUUUCCAGAUGGUACAUGGAACAACUAUGCCUAUCAACAGUUUGCUGUACCAGAUGUUUCUGACGCGCGCCUGAACGUCACAGUGGACGGUUUCACGUCGAGCUUGUCCUGCGAGCCCGUUUCGUUGAAUAUAAGCUACAGUAGCUGUGAUGAACUUAGCUGGCGUGGGUAUUGCUGGGCUCUGGAAGCGCAAGACUGCCAGUAUCCCAUCCAGCGUAUACUGGUCCAAAACUUACCGGAACUCGACAAUAUUCACGAUGCUCCUCCAUCAUAUUAUGGACAGGUGGGCCUUACAGGAUGCGACAAUUCAACAAAAAUUCAGGAUGUCCGCAUGUAUAUGUUAUUUGGAAAACUUGGGCCAAAUAAUGGAACAGUGCCCGCAGAUUACACAACUAUUUGGCAAUCUUCCCAAAUUGUGUGUCGAGCUUCUUAUGCAAUUGACCGAGUUGACGUGAUCAGCAAUCACACUGAGGUACUUAGUGUCUCCAAUGCCACAAUAACUGCACCGCGACAUAUCGAGGAAUUAGAGGAAGGGAGAAUGCUCGACCUCUACCUCGAGUCCUUCGAGACUGCAACCAGCACUGAAUCUAUGCGCGUGACCGUGCCUCUUCUCGGCGAGACCGGAGAGCCCGAAGACGCUGAUUUAGAUCUGUACUUUGCGGAUGCAUUGAUGUUUUCUCUCGCAUCAAAUUCAUCAGUUUCUGACUUGUUCCAGCAGUCCUUAUUGGAAGAGAUAAUAAGCCGCCAUUACCAACAAACCACCGCGUUCAUUGCAAAGUCCGUUUUCUCAAAGCAAACUGCAGGGGGCACUAUGGGCACGAUGUGGUUGAAGAAGGACCGGCUCCUCGUUAGUGCGGCGACCGGCCACACUAUGACCGCCUUACUCUCUGUCGCCGCGAUUCUGAGUCUCAUAGUCAUCUUCACCAAGCCUGGCAUAACGAGCCUACCGAAGAAUCCAAACAGUGUCGUCGAAACUGCACAGCUUUUAACUGCUAGCAAGGAUGUUAAGAGUCUGCUAUCAGGCGCUGGACCAGCGUCACUCGGCACGGUAAAGAACCGUCUUCGAGAUUUCCAGUUCAGGGCUACUGCAAUUACAGAUUGCGCGACGGAGCUGCUUCGAAUAAGUGCUUCAAUCAACCAGGAACCUCACGAGCUUCAUUAUCUCAAUGCUCCAGCGAAAACCAUGAGGACAUCACUUGUUCUCAACCCAAUUUCCAUGGUUGCUGUCCAGGUACUCAUUAUCGGGACCAUUGUGGCUCUAGAGGUAAUUCUGCGGGUUUCCGGAGACGAGAACGACUUCGUCGACGUCUUAGAUGGGAAAUAUAUACAUUUCACGUGGACUAUUCUGCCUGCGUUGUUCAUGUCUCUCAUAUCAAUGUACUUUGCCGCGGUUGACUUGGAAAUUCGUUCAUUGACUCCCUAUUCAAAGCUGAGCAAGGGAAGCUCCCUCGCACAUAUGAUUCACCUAGAUCUCCUCGACGGGUCGACGCCGCGAUUACUUUGGCGUGAGCAUCGUUCUGACUCUCUAGCCGCACUAGCGACGACGUUCUGUACGCUCACCGCCUCAUUUCUAACCAUAUUCGUAGGCUCGCUCUAUACUACUGUGGAUUUACCGACGGAUUUACCCGUUCGGCUUCUAAUGGAGACGUCUUUCAAUGUAACAAGACAGGUAGUUGCAGAGACCACCGAUUUGGGGCAGCUACCGGAUUUCUCCUCACUCACCAGCACCCUCAUACUCGAGAGCAAUUUAUCAUAUCCUGCCUUUACGUACGAAACGCUGGCCUUUCCAGAAUUUUCGAUGCUCGACAUGGAGCAGAGUCAUCAGAUCUCAUCGUCUGACGUUGUGCAUGCGACGCUGCCAGCACUAAGAUCUAAAAUGUCUUGUACACGGUAUAGUGCGUCAGAGAUUCAGAUGGAAGUCAUAUCUGCCUCUAUCCCCGGCGUUCCAGCCAGUCAUGAGGCGACGAGAGUGGUAUUGGCAAUAGAUAUCGACGGCGAACAACAUCAAUCAUUCUCGAUACCGAACGGACUAACUCACAACGUUGAAGUUCCGCUAGACAAUGGUGCGGACUGGGUGUUCGGAUUCGGCGAUAGUUGCAACGGUCACACCGGACUGCUCUGGUGCACGAGCGACUUUCUUUAUGUAUGGGGCCAUAAAACAAACUCUACAACUCAAUCUGGAAAUCAUGUAGCCGCGCUAACUUGCAAUGAGUCUAUCGAGGCAGUCGACGCAUUCACGACGUUCGUAGGGCCCCAGCUGAGCAUUGAUCCCUCCUUCCCACCACGUCCUAUAGAUGAUUCUGCACGGCGGUCCACCGUCAAAGUACACUCCAGCAUAGAAUGGCAGGAAGACGACUGGGAAAGUCCCUAUAUCUACCUAGCACAGGGCGUCGCAGCGCCAGGGACGUAUCUCUGGCCAUUCUUCGACGCGCUCAUCACAUCGCGAUACGCAAUUUCGUUAGGGGACCUAGACGAUCCACAUCAAGACGCGGCCGUCGCGAGCGCGAUCGUAGCGCAGCACGGAAUUCUUCGCGCACAGGUCCUGAAUGAGGGUUUCCGGGGACCAGCGAACGCGACCAAUGCAACACUCGUGAAUCCUCCCGCCAACAUCGAUAGGGCCAACGACGCCAUUGUGUAUGAUGGCACUCUGCGGAGAAGUUUUGGACGUAGGCGUCUCGCGCAGGACCCAGCAACAACGCGUGUGCUCGAAGCACUGCUCGUCGCGACACUUGUGUUAUCCGCAGCUGGACGGCUCCUGAUGCGGAACACGAAACUUCUCCCGCGCAACCCUACGAGUAUCGCCAAUGUGGCUGCGAUCGUAGCCGACGGGAAUUUGGACUCAAUACUACCCGAGAACACCCAACUUCUGUCAGACGACGAAUUCCUGGCAAAGAUUGGUGGCGGAUAUUUACUGCGUCUGGGUUGGUGUGUCAGAAAGGGAAGGCGGUGA